GCGGAUUGCGUACUUGUACUUUAGUUUGUUUAUGUGCAGACGCUAUUACUGCUAGGUCUACGAGUCUUUUGUUCUUAGAGUGGUGAAUUGUCUCUCUAUGAAUGUAUUUAAAAUGAGUGUUUAUUCCAUUUUUGUUGACAUAAUUUAAAUAUUAGUGUGUGACGGGAAUAUUACCCCGUUCAAGAAGAUAUAUUUACAAUAAUGUACGCUAAAGGGAAGGGUGCUACAGUACCUUCAGAUGCUCAGGCUAGAGAAAAAUUAGCGCUGUAUGUGUAUGAAUAUCUGCUGCACGUUGGGGCCCAGAAGGCUGCACAAACGUUUCUUUCAGAGAUACGAUGGGAGAAGAAUAUAACACUUGGAGAACCACCAGGGUUCUUACAUUCGUGGUGGUGUGUUUUCUGGGAUCUCUAUUGUGCUGCUCCAGAGAGAAGAGACACCUGCGAACACUCUAGCGAAGCAAGGGCAUUCCAUGAUUAUAAUGCCGGACCAGCACCCAGCCCCCUUGGCCAGAUGCCUCCCAAUGACGGGAUACCGGGAGGCCCUGGCAUGCCCCCUGGUUUCUUUCCUCCUUUUAUGGGUCCCAGAUAUCCAGCUGGGCCUCGGCCUGGAGUACGGAUGCCACAACUGGGCAACGAGUUUAAUGGUCCACCUGGCCAGCCCAUGAUGCCCAACAGUAUGGACCCUACACGACCAGGUGAAGGCGGCGAGUAUGUGGGUUGGCAAGGGCCUCCUGGUAUGAGUCCCAUGAACCCCCGGAUGAAUCCGCCGAGAGGACCGGGAAUGGGACCAAUGGGUCCGGGCUCCUAUGGUCCUGGCAUGAGAGGACCGCCGCCCAACAGCAGUUUGGGACCGGGACCCGGUGGGCCCGGAGGUCCUGGAGGACCAGGGGGACCUGGCAUGCCCCCUAUGUCCGUAACAGGACCAGGAGGUCGACCCCAGUGGCAGCCUAACUCAUCUACACCCAUGAACUAUUCUUCCUCAUCACCUGGGAAUUAUGUGGGUCCACCGGGUUCGACCGGCCCCCCUGGCCCUGGUACUCCUAUAAUGCCUAGCCCACAAGGUUCUGUGGGUCCCUAUUCCCCAGCUAGUCACAGAUUGCCUACUCCUAGUCCUGUUACAAGACAAGAUUCAUCUAACUCUGGAGGAGAAAACAUGUAUACUAUGAUGAAGCCUGUUCCCGGUGGCAAUAUGCCUGGGGAUUUCCCGAUGAGUGGAGGACCCGAGGGUGGAUCCCUGGGUCCGAUGGGACCUAGCACUAUGGGGCCCGUGAUGAAUGGGGACGGGAUCGAUGGGAUGAAGAACUCUCCCGCAAACGGUGGACCGGGAACACCGCGAGAGGAUAGUGGCAGUGGCAUGGGGGACUACAAUCUUGGGGGCUUUGGUCCGGGUGAGAAUGACCAAACUGAGUCGGCUGCCAUUCUCAAAAUUAAGGAAAGUAUGCAAGAAGAAGCGAAGAGGUUCGAAAAAGACUCCGACCAUCCAGAUUAUUUCAUGCAAUAACACCCACCUGUCCCUAGUUCCUGUGGUCUGAGCCCACCCUGCCCCUGCCCUCAAGCCCACUCUACACCCUCUUCCCGUCCUCGCCCACAGUCUCUCGACAUUCCCACUUCGUCUGUCUCUGCCCUGUCUCUGUAGGCAGUUGAUGAGUCAGGGUCCCUAGGUCAACUGAUACCCUUUUUCGCACAGCUCUUUUUCUGUUCCAGUCUAUAAAUAAUAAUCUGAUCAGAAAUUAUAUAUUUUAUACAAAAAAGAAAAAAAUGAUUAUACUUCGCAUUUUAAACAGCCAGAAACUACAUUUUUAUGCAUAAAUGUUGAAGAAAUAGCAGAAAUUAUGAUUUUGAAUAAUGAAACAUAAUGAUAACUGUUUUAGAUUUCAUUUGUUUAAAUGUUAAAAGGUAAAAUUAUGGGGUAUGAGCAUUCUUCCCAAAACCUCCAGCUCAUCAGAUCUGAGGACCCUUGACUCCGAAUUUUACCAAUGAUUACUGUUAUUUUAAACCUGCCUGUGUUUAACAUAAUAAUAUAGUGAGUUCCUUUGUUAGGAAUAAUACAAGUGUUUCGGUUGUAUUCAAUGUAACAUUAGGAAGGCAAUUGUUCUCAAUUACUUUAAAUUUAAUUUAAAACUGGUGUCUUACGGUAAACUCGGAUUGAAUAAUUAGUUGAUGUUGUCAAUUAGAUGACUUGGUCUGUUAUGACAUUAGACAUGAGUCAUCUCAGUGAAUCAAUAUGAGAUCAGUUAUAUAACGAGCAGGUAUUUUAAAAUUUGAGCACUCAUCUCUUCUGAGACAUGAGGACAUGGCCGUUGCAACUGUAAAACUGUAGAACGGUUUAGUUCUUUGUGUAAAACUAAAUUUUAAUAUUAUCUGCUAUCUUAGCUAGUUCUAGAUGUCAGUGUUCUCCAAUAGUACAGUCAAUACGUUAGUAUUUUAAAAUUGUAUUGCAGUAUCAGGAAAUACAUAAGGCAUAGUUUCACUUUGCAUCUAUAUACAGGGGUGCUGAAAAGUCUUGUAGUAUGUGUGUGAAGUUUCGUAGCUUCAUAUGAUAUGGUUACAAUAAAAAGAAGCCAUUCUUGAACUUGCACUAAGAUCAGUAUUGAAACUUUCGAGUGCCGCAAUUUUUUUAGGAUUAACCUUUUGAGGUCUAAUUUGCAGCAUGAUGUUCUACUAAUUAAGACCUUUAUAAUAGGCCAUCCCCCUGAGGUGGUGAAGAGCUAUUGAUUGAAUCAAAAAAUUAAAUUUUAUGCCCUAUGUGACUGUAGAAAGUUUUAUGUUUGUAGGUUUACCAGUACCGAAGAUAUUAGAUUAUUUCAAGACUUUUCAGCACCCCUGUAUAUACAGGGUGAUCAACUGAAGGUGGCCACCAUUGGGAUCUCAGAAAGUACCAAUUUUACAGCAAACUUUAAAUUGGGUAUUUAUUUUUUAUGCUUAUUACAAUUACUUUCUCACUUCAAAAACUUUAUAAUAUGUUGGUCAGCUUUGGGCUUUUUCUUAUGGGAACCUCUGUUUUUUCUUACUGAUUUGGUUUAAACAUAAACUUCUUAGAUUUUUUCAUUCUUGUUAUUGUUUGGAUGCACUUAAUCGUUUAGCCACUACAAGUAUAAAUCUAACUCAAUGUGCAAUAUUAUUUUCAGUGGAAUGUUAGAAAGUUGUUUCAAUUUGACAAAUAUUUUAUUUUAUACAAAAUAAUGGAAAGGCAGUCGCGGGACUGACUGACAAAAGUUACUUUUUUAUAACGGACUGUGAAUAUAUAUAUAUCUUGAAAAAGUACAAUUCCUA